AAAAAAAAAUACCAAUUGCCAAACGUUUACGUUUUACAACCGAUCAUGAUGACGGAAAAAAUGAAGAUCAACAAAUGGAUUUACAACAAAUAUUAAAUUAUAUCAAACAAGUUAAUGCAAAUGUGCUGCAAUUGCAGAAGCAACAACAGCAGAUAACAGUCAUUUUAGAGCGUCAAGAGAAACUUUUAAACAUGUUGUGUACAAACCAAAAAAAAAUAGCUAAGAGUUUAACCCGACAUAAGAUUCCAGUCUUUCUUGAAAAUGAUGGUGAAAAUACAGAUGUCAAGGAUGAUGAUUCCACUGAUCCUGUAUCAGUAAAUAGCUACAUUUCUAAACCAUCUAUUCACAUAUAUGAUGAAACUGACGGUGUUGUCGUUCAAUUAUUAAAAACAUAUGGUACAAAAGAAAACACAGUUAAAUAUGCUUUAAAAUUAAUCGAUUCACUAUUUAUUGAUAAGCAAGAUUCACAGAAUGUUCAUGUUAAAAAAACUGAUGAAGAUCCAAGAAUUAAAGCAAUAUAUGGUGCCAUUAGGCAAAAAUUCAAUUAG